GACACGUUUUUCAAAAGGCAGAAUAUUGGGUGUGUGGUGGGGAGCAAUCUCAGGAGCGGUGAGUGGGCCACCGGGAAUGCAGACGCACCCGAGCUGAACGUUGGCUGUCUGUUGUGUGUUGUUGCUUUGGCGGUCUGUUGCUGUGUGGUUGACGACGACGGAAGACACUUCAAGACCUCGUUUGUCUCGCACACAGCACUGCCAGCCGGCUUGAUCAACGUGCGCACUGUGGACUGCUGUGCCGCCACUUGAUUCACUCCCUGCGCUGCCAAGAUGAGCGACUACAACGGCGAGAUCGACUUUGAGCAGAUCGAGCCACCGGUAGAGCAAGUGCAGCUUUCGCCAUGCCCCACCUGCAACCGCACGUUCAAUCCCAAAGCACUGGCCAAGCAUGCGCCAAUCUGUCAGCGCACCACCGCCAACGCAGCUCGGCGCGGUACCUUCGAGAGCUCCAAGCAACGCGUGGGAGAAGGAGAAGGGAAGAAGGCACCCACGCCAGCCCGCAAGAAGAACCCACCCUCGCACUCGAACAAACCCGUUGGAUCCACAAAGAAGAAAGCGGACUGGCGGGAAAAGCACAAGCAGUUUAUCCAAAACAUUCGCGCAGCGCGAAAGGUGCAGAAGUUCAUCAACGAGGGCGGUGACGUGUCAAGUCUCCCGCCACCGCCGCCGUCCGAGAACCCAGACUACGUGAAGUGCCCUAUAUGUUCUCGACGGUUCAACGAAGACGCGGCAGAGCGACACGUCAAAUUCUGCGAAGAAAAGAGCAAACGGGAGCGCAUCAAGAAGAAUGCGGCAAAAGACCCCGAGGCAAUGGAGAGGAUGAAGCGACGAACAGCAUACAAGCCGCCAUCGCUGCGGCGGCCCGGGUCCACGUCCACAACCCCGACACGACACCAGUCCGCAGCCGUCCAGCGAACACCAAGGGCAGCACCUGCAGCAAGACCCGAGACAGUGCGGGCGGAUGGCCGUGCACCGCGUCCGCCACCGGGCUCGCAUCCAACAAAACCAUCAGGCCGCGGGACGCGUCGCGCUGGCCGCCCUCCGUCUGCAUCGAGCAGCCAUAACAACAGCACCGCCAGCAGCACACCGACCAGUCGUCCCCGCAGCAACGUCUCGUUCCAGGACGCAGAUGCUGGCAUGACCCUCCUUGACUCGCGCGCAUAUCCGUUCAACCGGGAGCGGCCGCCGCCAGACGACGAACUGCUCGAGGGCGCAGCGCGACACAGGAACAACCGUCAUGGCAGUGCAAGCAGCAUGGGCAGCAACCGUGCACACCGGAUUGGGUCGGCUGCACGGCCAAAGUAUUGCGGACACUGCGGCGAGGCGUUGCAGGGCUCCCAGCACAAGAAGCUUUUCUGCACGGAGUGUGGGACGCGGUUUAUGGAGCAGGCCAAGUUCUGUAGCAUGUGCGGCACGCGUCGAUAAAAGCCCGCCAAUGCCACACUUCCUCAAACAUGCAAGGCGCACCUUGGCAACACCAGCGCAUCAAUCAUCUCUAUUGUCUUUUUCCACCGUCCCUUAUGUUAACACAUUUCUCCUCGUCACCAGCCAGUUCCAGCUCAAGCAUCAACCGUUGACCCACCAACACACGACUACCUCUUCUCUCGCAUUAUCUUCAACACGCACGUACACACACACAUUUACCCUGUCAUAAGCUUGGUUGUUUGUGUUCCUUCGUGGCCACGGACCGUUUGUGUGCAGCGUGCGUUUUAUUUGUAGCAGCUAUCUUUGUUCUAUUGCCACAUCCCUGGCUUCUCUCCUCCCUCCUUGCUUUUCUUCUUCUUGCUUUUCUUCGUACAUCUUUGCUACUUCCCCCGUUCUUUCGGUUGUUGUGUUGUUCACAGGGGUCGUGUGCAUGCCCCCCCCCCCCUCUCAGACGCAAACAAACAGUCACGUCACAUCGCAGUACAGGCUCCCAGC